AAUUCAAAAGGAUGAAUUCGGAAAUAUACGAACUAAAGCAAAGGCAAAAACUGUUGUGAGAUCCGGGAAGCAAACAGAUGUAAAAAGAUUUUUAAGUGAGCUUCAAAGGUUUGGGAACGUAAAAGGAAAUUACGUAUUUACUAUUCAAGAAAUGCAACAAAUUGCUACAGAUUCAAAUGUUCGAUAUGACAAUUUUCAAUCUUUCAUUGAUUUGUUAAAUGAUCAAAGUUUGAUUUUAAAGAAAGGACCAGGGACUUUCCAGUUGAGAUUAUGA